AUGGAAAACAACGGAGAGAAAAAGUCAGAUCCGAUUCCAGCCGCAACUUCGGAGCCGAUGACAUCUCCAACUUCUGAGCAGAUUGUUGCUCCAUUUGCUGAAAGCAUUGCAGCCGAUGGGGAACAAAUCCUUGAAGUUAAAGAAUCAGUGACUGUCGAGGAAGUACUGGAAAGCCUCCAGGAAAUGCAAGAGACUGCGGAUCUACUCUUCGGCGCUCAAGACCCUAAUGUUUGUACCUUCCCGGAGGGUUACAAACCUCGACAGACGGUUUUCGCAUGCAUCACGUGUACACCAGCACCACAGAUGGCCGGAGUUUGCUAUGGAUGCUCCUUGAACUGUCAUGAUGGACACGAUAUUGUCGAGCUGUACACAAAACGAAAAUUUCGCUGCGACUGUGGCAAUCCAAAGUUUGGCUCCGAGAAAAAGUGUACUCUGUACGAAGAGAAGCCAAAGGAAAAUGAGUUCAACGUUUACAACCACAACUAUCAUGGUAAAUUCUGCACUUGUGAUGCCUACUACCCUGAUGAUGCUCAUGGUUUCGAACUUUAUCAAUGCGAAAUUUGUGAAGACUGGUACCAUGAUAGUCAUACUCCAAGCAAAUCGAUCAGAUAUGAAACAGAGCAUGAGCCUGAAGAAAAAGAACCAGCAGCUGCGAUAUGUGCUGGUUGCGUCAAGAAAAUUCCAUUUGUAGCUCAUAUUCCAGAAGGGAAAGAUGUAUUCUGUCACUCGAAAAUGACUUUAGAACAACUCAUUGUACCGGAAGAACUCGCAAAUAUGUCAAUAAUGGUUUCGCAUUUCCGCGAGAGAUUGUGCAAGUGCUCCGGUUGUACGCGUGUAUACGAUUUGGCUGACUGUGAAUUCUUGCUCGACGAUGAAGAUGAUAUGGCCACCUUCGAAGACGAAGCGAGGAAGAAAGUUGCUUCAGAACAGAAAACUGAAGGGGAAGAAAUGAGAGAGCUUGUGAAGGAAGUGGGAAUGGACGGUGCUCGUGUAUUUUAUGAAGGUAUCAUAAAAGAUUGA